AUGUCCUCUCACAGGGAGUGUCAGAGUCGUACUGACCACAGUCGUACUGACCACAGUCGUACUGACCAACUCGUUUCUUCAGCUGCCCAGGUUUGUGGACUUCGAAAAAUGCUAAAAUGCCCUAGAUGGGGCAGAGGGCCUCCGCUGAAGUUCUCCAUCGCGAUCUGUCUUGAUCUUCACGCUUCACCUCACUCCACGUCAUACCGAUGCUCGUCGCUACUGCCAGUACGGUGCGAUGCCAGGUUUGCCGUGGACGGCCACGCUUUCUUUUCCCUUGGGGAUUCUAAUCCAAGGCUUGCUUGGGUAUGUGUCCUAAUGCAGUCCGUCGCGUCUAAUGCAGUCUAA